AAUUCUGGGCCACUUGGCGUACUAUGUUUUUUCUUAUUACCACACACUGACCACCGUUAUGUCUGACCAACAAUUCGUUCUCAGAUGGCAUUACCACGAAAAUACAUUAGUUCACAAUUUACCAUGUUUUUUGGAUGGAGACAUUAUGACCGAUGUCACCCUUUCAGUAGGGAGCCAUCAGGUGAAGGCGCACAAAAUUAUACUGGCCAUGUGCAGUGUGUACUUUCUUCAGUUGUUCCAGGAGAUGAAAUCAGCACAUCCAGUAGUAAUUUUACAUAACGUCAGUUUUGAUGAAGUGAAAGCCAUACUGUCCUUUAUGUACAGAGGUCAGUGUGUGGUUUCCCAGGAUCAGUUGCCCAGUUUACUUUCAGUUGCGAAACUAUUAAAAGUUCAAGGCCUUUGUGAUAUGAAGGUACCAGAAAAUCGACCACGACCUGAGGGUCUUUCAAAAAACGAACCCUUACCAAGUUCUGAUAAACUGAUCAACGACGACAAUUUCCACAAAUACGAAUACGACUGCAAGUUGCGACCAGCAGACAGACUAACAGAGAAUAUUCUCUCUAAAAGACACUAUGACGAUGAUACUCCCAAGAACGAGUACAAUAAUAUUAAUCAUAACUUUAAAUCGCUUAGUUAUUACGACGAUAACGUUCUACCUUUGACAAAAGACUCCACUGAACCCAUUCCGUUAAAAUACGAAGAACCGUAUCUUUUUCCAAGAAAAUAUUCCUCAAAGGACUCUUCGGAAACUUGCAAGUGCUUUCUAUGUGGAAAGUAUCUCAGUAACCAAUACAAUCUUCGCGUUCACAUGGAAACACACGAAGAAGCCUAUCACGCAUGUCAGUCAUGCCCGCACGUAUCAAGGAGUCGAGAUGCCUUACGUAAGCACGUUUCCUACAGACAUCCAGAAGAGUACCAUAACAGAAAGCGAAGGAAGACGGAUACCUGAUAAUAAAUUUAGAGUAAUAAAAAUUAAUUUAAGC